UUCCUGUCGAAUAUAUAUUAAGAUAGAAAAUUAGGACAAACAACUUGAGGCAAAUAUAUAUUCAACAAAACUGUUUAGCAUUCUUUGUUUUAUUGCAAUGUUUUGACAAUAUGAGUAAUUUUUUGUAUCAACAUUUGAGCCAACUGAAGACUGGCAAACUAUAUGAGAAGAAGACUCACAACAGAGAAGGGAUCCCUUAAGUAAUGAACUUUGUUUAUUGACUGGACUAAAAUGAAGUCUGUGACCGAGGCAGUGGGAGGAUCCUAAAGUCACGCCCACCUCAGGGUUAAAACCCCUCGGUGAAGCUUGAGAGGUCUCAUUCAGCCCCGACUGACCGACCAUCACCACAGCCGACUACAAACAUGAAACUGUUUCAGGAUUUUGAGGACGCAAAAGCCCAGAGAAAGAGUCUCAAACCGCAGGUGGAGAGACGUCGAAGAGAGAGAAUGAACCGCAGCCUGGAGAGCUUGAAGACUCUGCUGCUCCAGCGACAGGAAGAGACUCAGCGCAGAGUGGAGAAAUCUGAGAUCCUCGAGCACACAGUCCUCUUCCUCCAGAACACCGCCAAAGGAGACAUGACGGGGGCGGGAGGUGGUGGCGGAGGCCAGAAGCACUCCUUCCAAGACGGCUUCUCCUCCUGCCUGGAGAGGGCAGCUCACUUCCUGGGACCUCAGUGGAAAGACUUGUUCCUCGGAGCAUCGCUGGACGCAUCCGCUCGCCUUGCCCGUCCAGAGCCUGCAUGUGCGAGCCUCCAGAGGAGAACCGAGGCCCGUUCACCCACCACCACCUCUCUGCUGCUCAGGAAGUCGUCCACAUCUGUUCUUCGGAUGCUGAUGAACAGGCCCGGACACAGAGUGUGCGCGCCCACCUCAAGUGUGGCCAGCUGUGACCAGACCCGAGCAGAAUCCCGUCGUUCUCCCACAACUCCACAACAGCCCCGCAAAGUGGCGAGUCGCGCGAGUAAACAGAGCCCGUCCCAGAGCCUCCCGCUCAGCCAGGCUCUGUGGAGGCCCUGGCCCUGACCGCCACACGGCUCCACCACAAACUGAACUUUUAAUGACUCCGACACGCUGAUUAAUAUUCGCACAGCAGCGUGUUGUUGUUCUCCAAAGACAUUUUCAGUGCAAUGUAUUUGAACGCGAGCCCGUUGCUUUGUGUAAAUUCUGAUAAAUGUGUAAAUACUGUAAAUUGAUUAUGAUCUCGUGAAGUGCUGCUAUACCGCCUGUGCGGGCCAACUCGUGACGACUGUGUUAUCUAUGACGUAUUUUUGCACCUUAAUUUAUUUUAUUUGUCAUUUUAUAAAUAAACAAAAGGAAAAAUUCACAGAACCAUGCGUACGUGUCCAUUUAUUGUUUGCUGGCACGUGGCCCACGGAGCGUUAGGUGUCGACUGUUGGUGCUGCCACACGUGUGGAUGAAAGACACCAUGCGGUGAUAUUUGACACGAGCUGACUUUCUCCUUGCUACUGCAGAAGACUUAAACACACAACGAGGAAGACUGAAGAGCUUACAUGUAUCUUAAUACGUGACU